AUGAAUGCCACCAAGCGCCAGCAUAUGAAGCCGUCUGCGGCUGGGCGUGGCACUCUUGGCAUCGAACGAUUCGAACGACUCGAACGCAUCCAAAGGAGGGCAGCCUCGACCAGCGACAUGGGUCGUCGCAACGGAAUCCGAAAAACCACUUCCGCAAAAUGGGUGCACGAGUCCAGGGUGCAGCAGGCGCAAGCAAGCGAGAGAGCAGGUGCUGCUGCUGCUGCUGCUGGUGCUUGGAGGCUGCAGUUCGGAUCGAGCGCAGCAUCGGUGCUCUGCUCCGAGCCCACUUUUUUUGAGGUGGUGUUGUGGCUCGACUGCCCUCGGUGCGCCUCGUCGUCGUCGUCCACCUCGGCACGCCAGUCCGCCUCCGCCUCGCUUGUCUGCCUUGGCCCCUCCCCCCUCCCCCCCCCCCGCCCCCCCGGAUCGAGCGCAGCAUCGGUGCUCUGCUCCGAGCCCACUUUUUUUGAGGUGGUGUUGUGGCUCGACUGCGUGCGUUGGCAGUGUUGCUCCACCUGCCAAGUCGAGAAGCCAUCCCGUCUGUCCGCCUGCUGCUACAGCCAUGCUGCUGAUCCCGAAGCAUUUUCCGCCAAACGCAGCCUCGGUGCGCCUCGUCGUCGUCGUCCACCUCGGCACGCCAGUCCGCCUCCGCCUCGCUUGUCUGCCUUGGCCCUCUCCCCGACACCACCGGCCCCUCUCGCCCCCGCAUCACAUCGCAUCGCAUCGCCACCUCCUCCCCCUCUUCCUCCCUCUACCACCUCACUCUCCUCGUUCCGGGACGCUUGCAUCCACCAACGCGGUCGGCAGCUUCUACACACGCUCGCCCUCUCGCCUCGCCUCACCACACCUCUCCGCUCGCCCGCUCUCCCGCCUCCACCACGGGCCUCUCGACGUGCAUCUAGCAUCUUUGUCGUCGUCACCGUCUCCACCAUCUCCUUCAUCGCCGCCACCAUCUCUGUCGUCGUAGAGCCGGCUCGCAUCGCCCUCCACAUCCUUCGCAAGCGCCGUCAACACGUUCGCGGCCAGCACACUUCGGCUUCGCAAGGUUUGAACGUGACGUUUGGCUCGUCGGACGCGUCCGGUCGUAACUUGCGCCAAGCUCUGCCGCAUGCACUGGCGUCCAAAAACAGCCACUUUGCACCCGUCAACCUCGAGCUAGAUUGCCCAACAGCGCCCUCUCUCAUCACCCCUCGCCGAUUCAGCCGUCCCUGCAUAUCUCAUUUGCAUCCCAUCCAGCCUCGCUCGCGCCUCAUCUGCCAUUACCGAAGGCCGCACGUCCAUGCUCCAAGCCCGCGCAGACCGGCCUUUCAUCCCGUUCUAGCCGCUCGUCUUUGGCAUCGUCACACUUGCGCGCGCUCACAAUCGGCACGAUCGACACUUUCACCCGCCAUCGUCAAGCUUGAGCUUAUUUGGCAUCGACACUCACGGCUUGCCACAAUCAUGCCAUCCGCCGCGGACCUGGUCAACAUGGACCUUCGCUCCACAGACAUGCACCGAAUCCCGCCAAAGGGCUUCGCAGACGCCAGCGUCACCAAGACCAAGCCGUUGCGCUCGCAAAAGUCGGUGCCUUCGCCGUCAUCAUCCCCCGCAAAGCAGUUCCGUCCUCGCUCCGCUCAGCAAUCGCCCUCGAUCCCACAUCGUCGCGUCUACAACAUCGACAGCGAUCACUCGGCCAUCGAAGCCGGCUCCAGCAUCUCGGACGACCGAUCCGUCGCCGCUUCGCUUCCACACUCUCCCCCACUUUCCACCACUUCGCCACCGAGGUCGCCGGCUCAUCUCGCCGUGCCCUUGCCGCACGCGCACUCGGGCUCGCCCACGCGCCCCUUGGCUCACAAAAAGUCUUCCGAGCGCAGGAGCAAAGCGACGCGGAACCAGCACCUCACCAACCUAGAGGCAGCAUCCCUUUCCACCCCGGAGCUCCAUCUCGCUUCGGACCCUAUGCUCGACACCCAGGAGCCAUCCUUCUUGCGCAGGCUCGGUCGCAACUCGCGCACCCAAUCCAAUGACGCCAUGUCCAACACCGGCAGCGAAGGGGUUCCGUCCAGCCACAGCCACGGCCGCACCAACAGCUACAACGCCGUCAAGCCCGGCCUCGCAUACGCCAGCUUUGGUGCCGCCAUGAGCGCCGUGGAAUCGCACACCGAGGGCUCACCCAACCUCGCCGUGCCCGGAAUGCUGCGCUCGCGCAAGCAGAGCAAUGCCACCAUCCGCAGCGCAGAUUCGUCCGCCACCGCCUCGGCUUGGACACGCGACAACGUCAGUACUGACACGCUUAGCCCGCCUGCGAACCACGACGCUCGCUCUAUCUCCUCUUCCUCCUCAACCAAAGCUUCAGCCGGCAAAACCAAGGCUCUGGGCGGGACGUGGUUCCGACGCAGCCGGAAAGAGGGCAAGGGCGAAUCGUUCCGAGCGGCGGCGAGCUCAGCGAACCAAGGCGUCGCCGAUGCAUGGACGGCCGACUCUGCCAGCCAAGUGUCGCAGCAGCCUAGCGAGACGAGUGCGGCGACCGCAGGCUCGGGCACCACCUUGCUCACCGAGAGCAAUGUUACCUCGCUCUCGGCCACCACCGAUGUGUCUUUCGGCAUGGCCGACCUCGCCUCGCCUCAAGCCGCGCUCGACAGCAUUCGCAAAUCGCGAUCGUUCAUGAUCCGAGAACUCAGCCGCCUCUCCGACGUGGAUCGAGGCCUGGACCGCGAGAGGAUCUCCCAACUUGACUCGCAGAUGAACGCCGAAUCCCCCGACGCCGGUGUCGAGGCUUCGCGUUUCUGGCACAGCAUCGCAGAUGGAGUGCUGCUCUGUCUCCUUGCCAACCGGCUGCGACCGGCUAGCGUGGAUCGAAUCGACCGCAGAGACCUCGAGUGGGUCAAGGCGGACAACAUCUCGAGGUUUCUGAGGGCAGCGCGCGACCACCUGGGCCUUCGAUCCAAGGACCUCUUCCAGACAUUUGAUCUCACCGAUGGCACUGUAGAGGGUCUUCUACGCGUCGUGCACACGCUGCAGGCCACCGAAAAGGUGAUGAAGCGCAAUUCCAGGGUCGCCGCACGAGCGGCAGCUGUCAAGAUCGAGCCGCGCACCACAUCCAUGACGCCACCCUCGACGCCACGCGCACACGACCGCAAGCCACUCUCCAUGGGCACCGGCGAUCUGGAACGUCUUGCCAGCAGCUCGGAGUUGUCACUCAACGACGAUACGCCCAAACGGACGAUGCUCACCAUCCAGCAGAAUCGGCGCGAGGCGGAGCGCAUCCUCAUGGGCGCGACCGAGCUCUCGCGAUCGCAGGGCUCGUCUGCCGACAGCAACCGACGCUCGCUCGAACUCAGCCGCAGCAAACAGAAGGGCGCAUCCAUCACGUUUGCAGACUCGGUCAAGCAGGUUAGCUACACCGGAGACGAGGAGGGUCGCAUGCCCUACCGCGACCGCAAGCUCAGCGAAUCGGCCAUCAGCCUCACGGGCGUGGCCGAGGAGCCCGAAGACGGCGCUGCGGGCAAUGCCGAGGCUCUGCCGACGCUCGACAGCUUUUCCAGCUCCCAGUCCAACCCUCUUGAGCGCGUUCAAUGCCGACGAGGCAGCAGCGAGUCUGACAAGUCCAGCAAGGGCUUCCCUGUGAGAGCCGCGCCUUUGGCUCGCAGCACCUCUCAGAAGCGCAUCAGCCAAGAACUGGCGCUCGGGCAGCUUCCGAGGGCCGUGAUCGGAUCGACCGAAAACCUCGACGACUACAUCUCUGCAUCGGGCGGAAGUCCGUCUCGUCAUGCUCCUACCCGACGUCACAGCGCGCGUCUCUAUCCUGGGCCGUCGCUGCUGAAUCCCUCGCGCGAGUCUCUGCUCAACCUUGGCGCCCAGUCCAACGGAGAAGCCGACACUCCGCCCUCGGCCCGCGUGCCCUUCCCGCGUGGUGCCAACGACUCGCCUGGCGCACGUCGGAUGGCCCGUCACCUCUCGAUGAACGCCGGCAGCGUCGACUCUUUCUCGCUCACAUCCAGCACCUCCACCGCCACCACCGGCAGCAGCUCGCCCAAGAUCACCACGCGACCUCAGUUCCGUCACAUGCGAUACUCCUCCGACCUGCAUCUGCCUCUUUUCGGCCGACCGAUGUCCAAUGGCCCGCGCUCGCCCGAUCCUUCCAGCGACGAACGCUCGUUCAUCUCGACCUCUCGCAGCCGCUUCGACUCCGAGAUCGGCUCGAUCUACACCAACACCCUCGGCAGCUUCACCGCGGAUGACAGCGCCUCGGCUGUGACCAAGGCCAGUCGCGAUGCAACGGGCCCCAAGCACAAGCUCGUCGUCACAGAGGCGGGCAAGGCGAAUGUCACCUAUCAGCUCGGCAACUGCAUCGGCCGUGGUCAGUUCGGAUCCGUGUAUCGUGCACUCAACCUCAACUCGGGCCAGAUGGUCGCCGUCAAGCGCAUCAAGCUCGACGGCCGCAGCGACGACGAGGUCACCGAGCUCAUGGGCGAAGUCGACCUGCUCAAGAGCCUCAGCCAUCCGAGCGUAGUCAAGUACGAAGGCCUCGUGCGUGGUCCCGACGUCGUCUCCAUCAUCCUCGAGUAUGUCGAGAACGGCUCGCUCCUUCACACGCUCAAAGCAUUCGGCAACUUUCCGGAGAAGCUCGUCGCAAGCUACGUGGUCAAGAUCCUCGAGGGGCUCAACUACCUCCACGAGCAGAAUGUGGUGCAUUGCGAUCUCAAGGCGGCCAACAUCUUGACCACCAAGAACGGCAACGUCAAGCUGUCCGACUUUGGUGUCUCGCUCAAUCUCAAGGCGGUCAAGAAGAUGGGCAACAAGAACGACGCGAUCGGCACGCCCAACUGGAUGGCCCCCGAGGUCAUCGAGCUCAAAGGCGUCACCACCGCCGCCGACAUCUGGUCGCUCGGAUGCACCAUCAUCGAAUUGCUCACCGGCAAGCCUCCGUACUACGACAUGCUAGCCAUGUCGGCCAUGUUCCGCAUCGUCGAGGACGACUGCCCUCCCAUCCCCGACAAGUGCUCGGAUGCCCUGCGCGACCUGCUGCUCCAGUGCUUCAACAAGGAUCCCACCAGACGUCCUAGCGCUGAGACGCUCUUCGAGCACGAGUGGAUCCGCCAGGUGUGGUCCGGUCACAAGGAGCUGCGGCCGCAGGACAGCGUCCCCUUCCUGAGACGCAUCAGUGCCGACAUUCGUCGGCUGGAUCCUCGCAUCUUUGAGAAGGAAGAGACGAGUCCCGUCCAGCCGCCCAUGGAGAGGUCCAGCUCGUCUCCGGACAAGACCUUGCAGCGGCCCGGGUUGGAAGCGCUUCGUGCCAACACGUCUCCCGCCGAGUCCUCUGCUGGAACGAUCACGGACAAAGCGACAGGCGUCUCGCCCACCACUUCGCCGCCUGCGAAUGUGGCGUCCCUCCCCCCCAUCGAUACGACCUCUGCGCGUCAGCCGGCCAAGGCGAUGAGCCCGUCGCCUGCAUCUGCUGCGAUGCUGUCGCCCGGCGGCGACGCUUCCAUGCUCGAUCUCAGCCUGGUCGGCGACGAGGAGGCUAAGCCGCAUGCGUUUGUCAAGAGCACCUUCAGCAAGGCGGUCGUCUGCAAGAUCUGCCGAGAGCCGGUCAAGAAGCACGCCGUGCUGUGCGAAGAGUGUGGCCUCGUGUGCCACGCCCGGUGUGCUGGCAAUGCGCCUUCGCCGUGCAAUCUGCGGGCGCAGCUGCUUCUCUUCCAGCAACGGGCCUCGUUGGACCAGACGAGUCCAAUGUCGUCAGCAGCCCACUUGGCGCCGGUGUCUCCCGUGCUUGGCGGCUUUGCACCUGCUGGGUCGGCGCCGAUCAACUUCCGCUUCCCCUUUGGCAUGAAGAGGCAGUCCAAGUCGCCGACGAUUGAGUCGCAGCCGCAGCUUGGCUUUGGCGCGAUCGGUGGUGCGGAGACCGACGGCAUCCUGCCGCCCUCGCCGCCGAGCAGCACGGUUGCGCCGAUUGGCAAGCCCAGCAAGGACGAAAAGGUACGCAGGCGCCGCAUCUCGCUCAUUCCAGGUCGCCAGCGAUCUCCGUCGCCUCCGCCCGAUAGUGCCGAGUCGCUGCAGAGCCCGUACGGCAGCGGCGCGCUCCACGGCGUGCGACGCCACAGCUCGAUGAGCUACGGCAGCAUCAGCGGUGCCAGCAGCAUCUCGAGCGCCGGCGGCGUGAUGCCGGGCAACUCGAGCUCGCGAGGUUCGUCGGCGCAACAGCACCAGCAACACGUGCUUGUGGGAACGUCGUCGCCGGCGCUGCCGCUCGAGCAGAUGCCGCGUGCGUCGCCGGACCGCUUCCGUCGUCGACUGAGCUCUGGUGUCUAUGGUGCUUCCGAGGCGACGCCCGCUGCGCGCAAGGCGACCAAGCCAGGUGUGGCGACGGGCCAGGCGACGCCGACGCCCCAGGCUGCAGUCGAGCGCAAAAAAUCACGACGAGUGUCGUCCAAGACGGACUGCAUCAUCAUGUGA